AUGGAGGUUGCGGGCUCACUGGGCUGCACUUUUCAAGUUCAUGGACUGUUGCUAAGUCUCAUUCCAGGUUGCACUGGCCCAGCCUGUUGUUUUAGCGGUCUUCGUUGACAAAUAUUCCGACGUCGCAUCGUUUGCGCUUCGCGCGGACAAAUAACGGUCCCCAGUGAUAUCGGCCUCGGCACUUUCACAACCCACACCUUUGGUUCACCAUUCCACCCAUGACACUCAGAGCGAUCAUGUACCUAGAGAUCGGAUAGAAUUUUUGCCCUACUCCAAUUCCGCAGAGUUUGACGUCAGCUGGGGCCUCCCAGUUGUCUUUCCGACCAGACGCACGUGUGCGGGCCUUCGUCUACACCCAACAGAUUUCUGCCUUCACUUUCGCCCUCCUCAUAAUCAUUUCCAUGGAGAUCCAAAAAGGGAGAAGAGGACGCUCGUUCUCACGCUCGACAAAAGAAAUUCCGCCAUAGCCCAAAUAACUUGGGUUUUGCCUGGCUGGUUUGCGGCGAACCCAGUUCAUGCCCACCAGCUCUCCAACUUAGCCCAAAGUACCAACAGAGAUAACCGUUGCUGUCAACCAACCAACCAACAGCCAUGCCCGCUGCCGUUACCCCCAAUGGGCGGUCCAGAAAUGGCAUCACCAAGUUCACAAACUGUCGCCUCGUCCGCGGCUCUUCUUUAGUUGAAGAGGAUCUAUGGGUCAGCUCCGCCACUGGCAAGAUCGUCCGCAGCCAAGCCAUUUUCUACGACCACAAUGUUCUGCCCGACGAGAUUAUCGACCUCGGUGGUAGGAUCGUCUCUCCCGGCCUCAUAGAUGUGCAACUAAAUGGGGCCUUUGGCUUCAACUUCUCUUCGACCUUCCCUGAUAUGUCUUCCUAUGGCAAGAAGGUCAAGGAACUCAACCGGAAGCUGGUUGAAACUGGUGUCACUUCCUAUGUUCCCACUGUCACAAGUCAGACAAGUGAACUCUACCACAAGGUCCUUCCAUUCCUUGGUCCUUCGGGAGAUCACCAAAUAGCCGAGGAUGGUGCGGAAUCUCUGGGCGCACAUGUUGAAGGUCCAUUCAUCAGCCAAACUAAGAAUGGCAUCCACAACGUGGAUGUUUUAAGAGAGGCCUUGACUAUGGAAGAUCUCGAGGCCAUGUAUGGAGUGGACAACAUCAAACCUGCAUCAACCGCUGGCAGUCAGCGUCUGCCCAUUCGAAUGAUAACAGCGGCACCUGAGUUGGGUCGCAUGAUGGAGCUUAUCCCGGAGCUACAGGACAGGAAUAUCAUAUACUCGAUUGGCCAUACCGAGGCGACCUAUGAGGAAGCAUCUUUGGCUGUCGCUGCAGGCGCAACAAUGAUUACACAUCUGUUCAACGCAAUGCGUCCUCUCCAUCAUCGGAACCCGGGAGUUUUCGGAGUGCUGGGUAUCGCCGAGAGACUUCCCCGGCCGUACUUUGGCAUCAUCGCCGACGGCAUACACCUGCACCCAACCACCAUCAAGAUAGCGUACAGCGCGCACCCAGAGGGGUUCAUAUUGGUCACGGAUGCAAUGCAUCUAGUUGGCCUGCCAGACGGUACUUAUGAUUGGACCAAUGGAGAUCAGUGCAGCAGGAUUGUAAAGACGGGAUCGGUGCUUACACUCGAAGGUUCCGGCACCAUCGCUGGAAGCUCCAUUACCCUGAUCGAAUGUGUGAACAACUUCCUGAACUGGAGUGGAUGCACCAUCCCCCAGGCACUCAAUGCUGUGACAGCCACGCCAGCCGCUCUCCUGGGGCUGCAAGGGGUCAAAGGCAGUUUGGAUCCCGGAGCCGAUGCUGACCUGGUCAUCUUCUCGGAAAACAGUCAGCCUGACGGUCCUCAGCUCUUGGUGGAUCAAGUAUGGAAGCGAGGAACAAGGGUUCACUAUAACGAGGAGUUUUCCAUGCCUAGCCCCUCAUCGAGUGUGAGCUCGUCUUGAAUACGACUGUAUUGUAAAAAGCAACUCCUCGAGACUUUCUUGAGAUGCCUAGGUACAUAUUAUGGAAGCAAUUCUGAGUUCUUUCCUGUUAGGUUUAUGGUGAGACCACUACACCCAUGACGGAUCAGAUAUUCAUGGCGUUGAAGAAUAUAGCUGCUACUUGCUUACCUAGCC